CGUGAAUCAUGGUAGCACCUUGCCACUACCCAAGCUGCAAGCCAGUAUGGCCGACGUCUUAGCACCCGAGCUGCACAAGCGCGUCCGCGUCUUCUGCGUAGAGAGCCGACAGCCGAGUGAGGCCGGCUCGCUGCCCAGCCUCUUGAAGGAGGCGUGCGUGAUCGACUCGUUCGUGCCCGGCACGUACGUGCUGCCGCGGCGCGGCCAGCCCAAUGCUGUCUUCAUGGUCGUGGGCGCCAUCAUGAUCUUUCUCGGCGUUGCAGUCUCGCUGCUCGCUGCCGUCGCACUCGACUAUUGGUACAACGACAUGCCUGCAGCGUACCUCUCCAUCGUGUCUCUGGGCUUCAUCGCUCUCAUGCUCGUGUCGGUGAUCUCGAAACUCCUGACCGAAAUCACCGACUUCUCCACGGCACGAAAUGCGGACGUCGUAGCGUCGCGCAUCGCAGCGUUUGAAGCGGAUGUGGUUGUUGGCAUCGGCUAUGGCUGCAACGUCGUCUCGGAGCUCGUCGCGCGAAGCAAGUGGACGGGUCCUACCCUGCUACUCUCGCCUAGAUUUGUGACGCCAACGUUGGGCAAGAAGGUGCUGAUUCAGUCCUGCGGUUGUGCCAAGCCCGUGCAGAUGCCAGCCAAGGCCGUUAAGACGCUCGACGACAGCCUUGAGCGAAGCUACUCGCUGCUCGAAGAUGCCCACUGUGGCAACAAGCUGUGUGGCCUUGCCACAGACCGCCUUUUGGAAUCGAUUCUGACCGCGCUGCGUCUCGACCAGCUGCGAGCGGCGCAUCAACCGUGAUAACUCUGUCUAUUUUCUUAAAUAAAACGCUCUGCGCUCUGCGCUUCUGUGGGUUUCACGACCCAAGAGGCACUUUUCCAUGA